AUGUUCUUCGAAACGCUUCUUUUCGCUGCUCUCAUUGUCAGUACCUCUACAGCAGCGGUGAUUGCAGCUAGGGACGACUGUCACAAAUAUGUCAUUGUCUCGGCAAGAGGCACUACCGAGACGCAGGGGCCAUCCAUUGCCUUCAAAGGCAUGAUCGCUACCACACUGAAGAAUGUCAAAGGCGGUAUUGAGUAUGAUGUUGUUUAUCCGGCCUCAACCGCGGACAACUCCACUUCGAUCGGUGUUCAAGACGUCAAGAACUACAUUCACAAUGGCCUUGAAGCAUGCCCUGAUCAGAAAUACGCCGUCUUGGGAUAUUCUCAAGGCGCUGGUGUUAUCCUGACAGCGGUCAAAGAUUUGACAGGUACUCCUGCUGAGAAUGCUAUAGAGGCUUUGCUUCUUACUGGCAACCCGUACCAGGUAGCGAACCAGUCGACGACUGUGAAUGCAACGGGAGGUGACUCAACUCGAGGGGACCACGGGGAUUUGCUUUAUCUCAAUCCGUCCAUCGGGCUAUCUCAGCAUUGGGUCAGCAGUGGAAAGGCGCUGAACAUUUGUGCCGAGGGUGAUCAUGUCUGUACUAAUGCGGGACCGGGACUGGGUAGGGCUCAUACGCAAUAUGGACGCACCUCUAGUGUUCAAAAAGAAGGCGCUCAACAUCUUGUUGCCCAACUGAAGUGA